GCACCGACAAGAUGGCCGAGAGUACGGGACGAAAGUGAGGGAGCAAACAAAAACACUGGCGAGCAAUCCUUGCCGCAGAUGCCGGACCUGUAGAGCUGCUGAAGGGAAAGAUAAAAGCUGGGUAAUCGGUUUAUUCAAGACUCCGUUCUGUGGGUGACAUUUGCGGUAUGCAGACAAAUUGUGCCAGCUCGCUGACGGAACGUUUGUCAGGUUGUCUGCGUUGGCUAGCUAGCUAGCGGGCUAACCAUGUUAGCUAGCUGACAACACCGUUAGCGAGAGAAUACGCUUUCAGAAAGUGACAGAUAGUUAAUUUUAAAAUAAAUAGUUGUUGUUACUUCUUCGUUUCUGAAAAUAAAAAAAAUAUUUCAGCAGCAUAACUUCCCUGAGUGGGAAAUCGGAUUUAACGCUCUAGUUAACGUUUAGCCAGCUGGUUAGCAAACUAACAUUGCGGAUGUCUUGUUUGCAGCUUCAGAGUUAGCAUUAGCAAACGUCUGUUAGCUUGCUCAGCUGUUUUGGAUGACUUCGGGUUGUUCCGACACAAGAAAGGUACACCAGCGUGUGUGGAAGGACAUUUGUCUCUGUGAAAGGACAUUUUUCUCUCUACAUAAAAGUACCUGAGACGGUUCUCAGUAGGCCUGUGUAACCAGGUGUCCUGGAGGAUUGCUAACAAUAACGGUACCACAGCCGGGACUGUAAACAUAAGUCAAGCCGAGGAAAUCUCAGCCCUGCGUUGUUGGACGAGGCGCAAAACCAGUCAGCAUCACCAUGGCCCAUUCUCCUGUUCAGGGUAACCUGCCGGGGAUGCAGAAUGCCAAAGCUGACCCGGAGGAGCUGUUCACCAAGCUGGAGCGAAUUGGCAAGGGUUCGUUUGGCGAGGUGUUCAAAGGCAUCGACAAUCGGACCCAGAAAGUAGUGGCCAUCAAGAUCAUAGACCUGGAAGAAGCAGAGGACGAGAUCGAGGACAUUCAGCAAGAGAUCACAGUGCUGAGCCAGUGUGACAGCCCCUUUGUCACCAAGUACUACGGCUCAUACCUGAAGGACACAAAGUUAUGGAUCAUUAUGGAGUAUUUAGGUGGAGGCUCAGCAUUAGAUUUGAUGGAGCCUGGAGCUCUGGACGAGACCCAGAUCGCCACCAUCCUGAGAGAGAUCCUCAAGGGCCUGGAGUAUCUGCACUCUGAGAAGAAGAUCCACAGGGAUAUCAAAGCUGCCAACGUGCUGCUGUCCGAGCAGGGAGAGGUGAAGCUGGCAGAUUUCGGUGUGGCCGGACAGCUCACCGACACUCAGAUCAAGCGCAACACCUUUGUUGGCACGCCCUUCUGGAUGGCCCCCGAGGUCAUCAAACAGUCGGCCUAUGACUCUAAGGCUGAUAUCUGGUCUCUGGGCAUCACAGCCAUCGAGCUGGCGAAAGGUGAGCCGCCCCACUCAGAGCUCCACCCCAUGAAAGUUUUAUUCCUCAUCCCAAAGAACAACCCGCCCACAUUGGAGGGCAACUACAGCAAACCACUCAAGGAGUUUGUCGAGGCCUGUCUCAACAAAGAGCCCAGUUUUAGGCCAACUGCCAAAGAACUGUUGAAGCAUAAGCUGAUCGUUCGCCAUGCGAAAAAGACUUCCUACCUGACUGAGCUGGUGGACAAGUACAAGAGGUGGAAGGCAGAGCAGUCUAGAACCACAGAGUCCAGUUCUGAUGAGUCUGACUCAGAGCAGGAUGGCCAGGCGUCAGGCGGGAACGACUUUGGCAGUGAUGACUGGAUCUUCACCAUCCGAGAGAAGGACCCCAAGAAGCUGCAGAACGGGGAGGGACAGUCGGGGGCAACAGACCAGACAAAAGACAUUCCAAAGAGGCCUUAUUCACAGAGCCUGGCCACAGUCAUCUCUCCUGCAUUAGCUGAGCUGAAGGCAAGACAGGAGCAGGUGAAUGGGAACCCCAUGGUCCUGGAUGAGCUACGGGAGGCCAUCCUUCUGGCUGAGGAGGCUUACCCCGGUAUCUCCGAUUCCCUGGUGGCUCACAUGGUCCACAGGCUCCAGAGUUUCUCCACAAGCAGGAUGUCCUCCUCCUCCCCCUAGUAAUUGGGUCUCUGCCCCAGCCCUGCUCUCCCAGGCCCCCACCCCCCCAACACCACAGCCAGGUCAGAGGGUUAAAAGCCAGGGGUCAAGUCAUUCCAUACCAGCUGACCACGUUUGACCUCCCGUGUGGGGGGGGGCUAACCUAGCCUGUAAAAAUGAACUGAACUCCAAAGCAGAGGACAACAGAGAAACUCUGGAGAGCUUCUUUUUGACACUUAUGAGAGGAGAAGCUCGGGGGGCAGCAGCACCCGUGGAAUCGGCUGUGAUGGGACAAGACUCAGAGUCAGAGCAACCCAGCAGAAAAACAAUAACAACAGCCAAGCCAGACUGUGGGCUCUGUAUGUGCGAGACUUCUCCAGCCUCACACCAUGGAGUCUCUAUAUGGACUUUGCUCGACGAGGAGCUGAAAAUCUCCCUCAAAUCCAAGACAAGACUUCAAUCCCCCUCUUAAUGCAGGCGUCAUAUCCCCAGAACCUCUGAAAGCAUGCUUGAUGAACCUGCAGGGAUAUUAUGUCCGUGUGCAAGCUGUGUGUGUGUGCGUGCUUAAAUGCACAACAUGUUGUGUGUGGGCACCUGCGAGCGCGUCUGUGUGUGUGCACGUGUGCUCUCGCGUAUGUAAGACUCCCUGUUAAGGCAAAUUGCAGCAUUCUUAAUGAAACCUCAGGUAAAGUGCUUUAAGUGGACUUUGUCCUCCGAGGCAGUGGGAGGGGGCGGUGGGGGUCGCCAUGCUGUACAUGAUUACAAGUUGUCAUUGCGGGAAAUGAAUCACUGUGUACAAAAUGGUCAUGCGCAUUUUGUAGAUAUUGAUAAUGUUUAAAAGUAGAUAUUUAAAGAUUUCAAAAAGUUCAACAGAGAACAGAAAAUGCCUUGCCUUUUUGAGAUACACACAUCUAUGUUCUGGCAUUUCAUCUGAGAUUUAGUUUGUUUUCUUUUACUCGUUGGUGAGUGAAAUUCAGUUCAGUAUUCAUCAGUGUUUUCUUUCAAAGUGACUGAGUUCCAAUCUUCUAUUUCAAUCACCUGCUGAAUCAUCGAACUAACUAUGAUACUAAGCUUACUUUGUUUAGAGGCAGAAGCUUUUCCUUUGUUUUUGUAGUCAGGGGGGAAAACUCCUACCUGUACUUAUGUUUAGGCAGUUUAAGUCAGUUUAGAAAUUGUUUAGGACAAGAAUGAAGGUAGUUCUGUGUCGGCACUGGCUCUUAAAUAAGAAUAACAAUACUGAGUGAAGCCGAGGACAAUUACAAGGGGGAACCACUAUGGGCGGUUGAUACUGAUAUCAUGUGAAGUAUUAUUUUUCCUUGGCUUGUAAUUUAUCUUUAGCACUACUUAAAAACUACAGUGGGGGCGAGGAAUAACUGGAAAGCACCAUCGUAGGCAAUCACAUCAUGACACUUGCUCAUGGCCAAACUAAACAGUAGAUCAGGACAAGCCAAGCUGCAGAAAUCAAUGCCAUCCUUAUUUCCUCACUCCAGACAUUUCUGUUCUCACUACCACACCAUGCUAGAAGUGCCAUGUCCUCUUUUAUGCUUUCACCAGAUGUUUGUAGUAUGAUUUGCACCUUUUUGUUUUUAAAAAAAAAUUUCAGAUCAGUUUUUUGCACUUUGAAAGUGUGUCAAGUAUUUAAAGAAACCUGUAAGAGGGGGAAAAAAUGAAAAAAGUUGCUAAUAGCCAUGUUUUACUAUAUAUGUUUACUUAAGAGUUCCAGAAUUUACUACUGUGCUAAUGCAGCAAUAAUGUUGAGGAGUUGCAUCAUGACGCACUUGUCAACACAGGGAUUGAAAGAAAUUAAGAAAUAUCUAAUAUUUUUAUAACUGCGAAGAGUUAAGUAUGGAAAUAUGGAAUGCUUUAUGGAUAUGGGCACCUGCCUCCGGCAAAAAAAUAUCUAUACCUUACAGAAAAACAUAUGCUACGGAAAUAACUACAAAAUGUGUACAUUUGGUCUCCUUUAUCAUAGCUGACAGUUUAUAGUACUGUAUAUAAUCUUUGCUUGUGUCAUUUGAGAAUCCCCAAGUUAAAUGUAAGCUCCUUGUAAGCUUUCAAAGUGACAUGAGAAAUAAAGAUCUAAUGCUAACUGA